AUGGCAAGCGGGAGUGGCGCACGGAUGGAGCGGGGUUACGUCUUCGGAGUCUGUUGCCUGGUUCUGUUGGACCCAGGGCGGGUUUGGACCAGAGCGCCCAGCACCCAGGAUCCUGAGCUGGAGGGACAGGUGGAGAGUCAUGGUAACACCAGCUGGGCUCCCACCUUGGAGGACACCGUGGUGGCCCCUACUGAGGCUGUGCCAGGUGGGGACAGGUGCCGUGGUUACUACGAUGUCAUGGGGCAAUGGGACCCUCCAUUCAGUUGCAACUCAGGGAUCUACCGGUACUGCUGUGGCACCUGCGGGUACCGCUUCUGCUGCCAGUUCAACCAUGGGCGGCUGGACCAAAGUGGAUGCUCCAAUUACGACACCCCCAACUGGGUCAACACGGGCCAGCCGCCGGCCCGGGUGGAUGAGACCCCCGAGGAUCCUACCCGAGACAAGACCAACAUGAUUGUAUAUAUCAUCUGUGGCGUGGUGGCCAUCAUGGUGCUGGUGGGCAUCUUCACCAAGCUGGGCCUGGAGAAAUCACGGAGCCCCCCCACGGAGAUGACCAUGUCCAGAACGCUCACAGACUUACUGAAACAGCCGGGCCAUGGCCCCUCGGACCACAUGACUGACGGCCACGUGGGCAGCAUCCAGGUCCAGAUGGGUGACGGGCUUGCCCGGAGCUCCCCCAGAAAUGGCACAGAAUCUUUCUUUGCAUUUCCAGACAAUAUGCACUUGAAUAAUGCUGUGGUCAGCACCCCCAUCACCCCCCAAAUGGGGCUGCCACGUGCUCACAGCAACCGGCUGCAGAUGACGAGCACCAUGCCCCACCAAGCUCCGGACUACGCCAAGUAUGCCACGCUCAAGGCCGUAGAGAGCGCGCCCGAAGAAUUCUACAAGCGGUUUCCCAUGGUGGACAUGCCUCCGCCUGGUCCUCUGUCCUUCCCACCCAUGGGGCUGCAUCAGAAAGACGUGCCUCCCCUGCACGACAGCUGCGCCUUGGUUGGCUUGGCUACACCCGGGCAGAAGGCCAAAGUGGUGAAAACCAACGCCCACCCACUGGUGGCCAGCCCUGCCUUCAAGGGAGGCUGGGACCCCAGCCAUCACCACCCCCCUGAUGUCCGCCGACAGAUCUAUGCCAACAAGCGCCAGUUCAGCGUCGAGAAGCUGCCGGAGGUCUUCAGCCAGACGCCCACCCACUAUGUCCAGCCCUCGCGGCCCUUCUCCACCAAUAGCAAGACUGAGGUCACUGUCUAAAAAGAACCUCCAUCUUUUCUUUUUAUGUCCCAGCAGCCUCUGGUGCUAACGGUCUUGCCAGCCCAGACCACCAGCUAGCGAAGUACCAGAGGUGCUUCCCCAUUAUAGCUGAUGGCACUAGGCUGGGUGUCAGGAGGGGCGAGGAAGGUGGGGGAAAUACCCACCAGCACAGGUGCCCACACCUCCUGAGAGUACGCGGAUAACGUGCAUGGUGAAACAGGCAUGCAUGUUGCCCUGUGAUUGAUGCACGGCUGUUGUUUCCAGUUCACCUGUCCAUCACAUCACACUUGUACCAGAACGGUCAAUGUUGACAGGAGCAAGGGGAAAGGCACCCCCUCCCCACCUCCCCCCCGAGAGGAAGGACAACAGGUGGGAGAUGUGAGACAAGCAAUUGCAAUAACCAUUAAGGCCCAUUGGGUUCGCACGUGUAACCCGUCCCCUCCCUCUGCCCCGCCACGUGGGUUUUAAACAAGGGCCCACAACCACCAGUCAUGCCAGUAUAAAUGAACUGUACAAAAGGGCAGCUGGCAAGGGCUCACAAGGAGUUUGACGGUUCCCUUCACUGCCAGCUCAGCUCGCUCCCCUGCACACGCUAGGCACCAGCGCUGAGUGGGGGUGGGGAUUUUUCUUACACCCAUUUUUGAAUGUUUCGAAUGAAGGCCUAGCUGACCCUACAGUUCUUGUUGCAUUUAGCUCCCGCAGGCCAGGGCUGUGGGUCAGUAGGUGAAUGCAGGGCUGCCCCUGCUGGAUGCACAGUAGCAAAAUAUAGGUCCUAUGUAAACAGUGACUGCUGGCUGAGGUUGCAGGGGGUGCUGACCAUUAUUUUUAGUUUCUGUGGGACAUUUCUGCCAGCAGGGGCAAGGCUGAGCACUGGCUUUGGCAGCUCAGGUCGGGGCUGAUGGGGGGAUACUGGUUUAAAGGGGGUGCAAAGCUGUCUCAGUGAGUAGGCUCCAUGGCCUGGCUGCAUCGCAUUUUCCAUGGAGCCUUUCUGGCUGCAGCUACUGCCCAGCACCAGGCCCUGACGGUUGCUCCUGCCAGGUUACAGCCCAGCAGAGCGUGUGGGGCUUGGGAUGGAGUUGUGGCUCCAGAGCAGAGCCUGACCUCUCCCACCGCGCUGGGUGUGAUGGCCAUAGGUGUCAUGCGCUUCACUCCUUCCCCCUCAACCUUGGGUCGUUUCCCCCCACGCCCCUGCCCCGGGCCCAGCCGUGUUCCCCUCUCCACUCGUACAAGUUCCACAGCAGGCAGCAGUGCCAAGCUGGCCGCUGGGCUUGCUGCUAGCGCUGGAGCUGCUGGGCUUCAGUCACACCCCUACCAGCUGUUAUUGCACACGCCGGCUACCUGGGUCACAGCCUCACCCAGCAGCCACUGCCCAGCCCCAUGGAACUGUAUCCAGAGGGUCUCGGGCUGGGUCAGCCCAUGUCUCCCUGACCAUGUUCAACCACUCAUUGUGGUCCACCAUGGAGGUGGUCAAUCUCCUUUGUGCCCAAGCCAUUUAGACCCACCCCCGGCAUAGGUUUGAAAAGCCACGGCAGCUGUCAGCCUGGGGAAACAGCCACAUUGCUCGUCCCUUUGCAGGGGCUGGGCUUUUCUAGUCACCUGUGUGUGUGUCACUCACUUGCUGCCCUUGUCGAUCUUUGUUUCCUUAAUUCUGCUCCGUUCCUUUUCAAAGGGGCUUUGUACCACGGCCACGUGUGUGGCUAAUGUCUGCCCGGUGGAGUGCUAGUGCCAUUCCCCUGAGCAGUCCCUCUCUGCAGCUGUAUUUCUACUACCUGGGCAAGAAGCACAUGCUUGGCCAUUGGCAGGGCCAAACCACAGAUACAGCUUGCAGGGUGGGCACAGGUGACGCUGCUGAGGUCAGGUGUGAACGGGGGACCUUCAGCACCAGAAUAAUAAGCCACUAAUGCUUGAGCUAGAGGACAGCGCCUCUGAUGAGCAGCAACACCUCUUAGCUGGACCAGCUACUAAAGGUAGUGGGGAGGGAUAGCUCAGUGGUUUGA